GGGCUGGCUGCUGGUGCUGACUCCUAGGUUGAUGAUGCAACUGCUGAGCUGGCUGCUGCUGAUGAUGCUGGGUGGGUCUGAUUCCUCCAACAUUCAUCCCCAAGCUCGAGGCUUGAUUUGGUUGUUGUUGGAAUCCAAGUGCCAAACUGCUGCUGUUGUUAUUAUUCAGUUGACCUAGUUCGCCAAAGAAUCCCACAUUGUUAUUCUGCCUUCCCAUUGGCUUGUUGGUAUCCUCUCUAACUACACCUGCUCUCGACAGGAACUCCUCCAGUGUCAUCUCUCCUAGUGUUCGUUGCCUCUGAGGUGGAUCAGGUGGAGCCACGUCCUUGGCAGCUAUUGUAUUCUCUUUUAUGAAAUCUUUCCAAAC